AUGGCGAGGAUUAAACCUCAAGCUCUGUUACAGCAAAGCAAGAAGAAGAAAGCACCCAGAAGUAUCAGUAUCCCCACAAUUGCAUUGUACAGCGUAGUUACUGUUGUUAUGGUGUUUUUCCUGUUUGCUACUUACAGACACUGGUCUCAAAGGUCAGUAAUGCAGGCAGAGGAAGGAACAUCAAACUUUCAGGUUGAAGAUGACUUUUCAGAUUCAAAGAAAUCAGAUGUACCUAGAUAUGCUAUUUUUAACACUUCUAAAGGUUUGAUUACGGUGGAACUUUACAAGGAAGGUUCACCUGAAGUUGUGGAUGAAUUUAUCGAUGCCUGUCAGAAGGGACAUUUUAAAGGGAUGCUGUUUCAACGUGUGGUGAAACAUUUUGUAAUCCAAGGAGGUGACUCUGAGAAUCAUGCAGUUAUAGAGGACUGGACUUCCAGAGAGAAGCACUACAAUCAGCUGGAGAAAAGAUUAAAGCAUGAAGCCUUUAUGCUUGGCACGUCCAACAUGAAACACGAGAAAGAAGGAUUUGAUAUUUUCAUUACAACCGCACCGAUUCCAGAUCUGAAUGCAAAGCUUAACGUGUUUGGACGCGUCAUCAAGGGAGAAGAUAUUGUUCAGGAAAUCGAGGAAGUGGACACAGACGAACAUUACAGACCUAAAUCUCGAAUUGGGAUCAUUGACGUGACACUGAAACAAAAGAUUUAAGGUCCCAGAUCCCAUAAAAUUGUUUGCUGAUUUUUUUUUUUUUUUGGAGAGGGUGGGUGCAUCAUCAUCAUCAUCAAUUCAUCAUCAUUGUUUGUGUAUGUUAGUUACAAGAGUUGGUUGGUUGGUUUUAUCAAAUAGAGUUGUUGUUAGUUGUUACUUUUAGGUCAGGUUUGUUGACUUAUGGAUCGGAUUCCUGAAUUUGCUUUCUGCUAGAAUGGAUUCUAUGCAUAC